AUGAAGAAGUACCUCUUCCUCUGCAUCUCCUGCGUUCUAACGCUGGGUCUUCUUUACAGCUGGGUGACACGACCCUUGUCGCCAGCUGCUUUCUUCUUUGACAACUCAGGGCAACCCAACGUGACCAUCCUGCUGUGGCACUGGCCCUUUGGCGGAACUUUAGGCCUCCACUGGGAUGUGUGCUGGGACCUCCGCAAAAUCCCAAACUGCAGAGUCGUGGCGCACAGGUCCUUGUUUUUGGAAGCGAACGUGGUGGUGUUCCAUAACCGAGAGCUGGUAACAGGAAAGGAGAAACUUCCCCUGGAGCUUCGGAGGCCGCUGGGCCAGAGGUGGGCUUGGAUGUCUCUGGAGUCCCCAGUGCAUAACGGGGACCGAAGCAGAUUAGCUGGUGUGUUCAACCUCACCGUGAACUACAGGAGGGACGCAGAUGUUACCAUACCAUACGGUGGGUUUUUACCACGAGACUCUGAAGAUCCAGUAGAGGACAUUCCACAGAAUAAAACUGAUCUGGUCUGUUGGGUGGUCAGCAACUACAAGGAUUCCUACAGAAGAAGCAAAGUGUACAAAGAACUCAGCGCUGUCAUUCCUGUAAAGGUCUAUGGACGCUGGUCAAAUAAUCCUCUUGCUUCCGAAGACCUUCUUCCUACAAUAUCUCGCUGCUACUUCUAUUUGGCCUUCGAGAACAGCAUCGCCAAAGACUACAUCACGGAGAAACUGUGGUGGAAUUCUUACACAUCUGGGGCGGUUCCGAUCGUCCUGGGACCGCCGGUGGUGGAUUACGAGGCUGCGACACCGCCGCACUCUUUCAUCCACGUCGACGAGUUUGCAUCUGUGAAAGAACUCGCCGAGUACCUGCAGCAGCUGGCGGGCGACGCCGAGCGCUAUGGCGAGUAUCUGCGAUGGAGGAAGGACUGGAAGGUGCAAGUGUACAAGUGGCACUGGAGACUGUGUCAGAUCUGCUUGAAGUACCCCAGCUUCCCUGAGCACAAAGUCUACACUGACCUGGCAGCCUGGGAUGACGCUGCAUAG